AUUAUUCUUAAGUUUAGUUUAAUGUUUGCAAUGAGUUUGCCUCUAGUAACAUCCACCUAUGUAUGGCAUAACUGCUCUAAUAAUUUGGCAUACACCAACGGCAGUUCAUAGUCAUCUAAUCUGAAUAUAGUUCUCUCUAAUCUGCUUAAGAAUGCGACUGAAAGCUCAGGAUUUAACACUUCUUCCUUUGGCAAAGCACCCAACAAGGUCUACGGCCUUCUGCAGUGUAGUGGGGGCAUAUCAGCACUGAAAUGCUCAAACUGUGCAAUGGAAGGAAACAAUACUCUUGAAGAACAUAGUGUCAACUCCGUUGGUGCCAUGCUAUGGUUGGAUGACUGCUUUCUACGCUAUGAUAAGACAGAUUUCUUUUCAACACUAGAUUUCCACGGUAUUAUACUAGUGAAUCUCCUCGCUGCCAAGGGCAUGACCUUUGGUCUUGUACAAAAUCUGAUUGAUACAGCUAGCGAUCCUGCAAGGGAGGGAUUCGACUCAGGAGAAAGCACAUAUUCCUAUACUAUUGGUGAUAAAGAGGCUACAAAUUAUUUUUAUGGUCUAGUGCAGUGCUGGAGAGAUAUAUCCAUCAAGGAUUGCACAAAAUGCUUGUCGAUCGCAAUGAAAGGACUGGAGGAUUGUUGUUCUGCUCAACAAGGUGCCCAAUAUCUGUUAGGAAGCUGCAAAGUGAGCUAUGAGCUCUACCCCUUUUUUGCAUCCAACGCUCCUCCUCCAUUCAACACUCCUCUUCCAUCCAACACUCCUCGUCCAUCCAAUUCUCCUGUUCAUCAAAAAAAUUCAAGAAGAGUAGCCUUAAUAUUGGGAAUCGUGGGAGGCAUAAUUGUAACCCUAGUUGGAUGUUUCUUUACAAUCCGACGCAGAGUAGCAUCUGCAGUAUCGACCCAGCAAGUAACCUUGGUGACUCAGGAUGAAGAGCACCCAGAAACCAGGCUAUUUAAGAAAGAACAUAUUGUCUUCAGCUUAGAAAGUUUGAUAGAAGCAACAGGAAAUUUUGACAAUAAUAACAAGCUUGGAGAGGGAGGCUUUGCUGCCGUAUAUAAGGGAAUGACUAAAGACGGACAGGAGAUAGCAGUGAAAAAGCUGUGUGCAAGAUCUGCGCAAGGGAAAAGAGAAUUUAUGAAUGAGGUGGAACUCGUGGCCAAUAUUCAACACAGAAACCUUGUCAAUCUACUCGGAUGUUUUGCCGAGGGAUCUGAAAGGUUGCUUGUCUAUGAAUAUUUGCAAAACAAAAGCCUUGAUGCCUUUCUCUUUGACCCAGAAAGUCGCAGAAGUUUCGAUUGGCGAAAGCGGUUUAGUACCAUAAAUGGAAUUGCGCGUGGACUUCUGUACCUUCACGAGGAUUCAAAGCUGCGAAUAAUUCAUAGAGACAUCAAAGCAAGUAACAUUUUGCUUGAUGAGCAACUAAAUCCAAAGAUAGCUGACUUUGGUUUGGCGAGACUUUUUCCUGAUAAUGAAACCCAGAUCCAUUCAAAAGUUGCAGGGACAUAUGGGUACAUGGCUCCAGAAUACGCAAUGGCAGGACAACUAUCUGUAAAAGUUGAUGUUUACAGUUUUGGACUUUUACUGCUUGAGAUUGUGAGUGGAGGAAAAAAUACCGACAUCAAUCUUUCAAAAGAAAAGCAGAGCUUCAGCUUAGUAGAAUGGGCAUGGAGAGCUUACAAAGGAGGUCAUUCUCUUAAUAUUGUGGAUAGAGUUCUAGUAAUAAUUGCCCACAAGAGCAAGUGUUAAGAUGCAUUCAAAUUGGACUUCUGUGCACACAGGCUGAUCCAGAUUCCAGAUGUCCGUCCAAUAAUAUCUAAUGUUGUUACAAUGAUAUCUACCACUUCCGUGCAAUUGCCAAGUCCAACUAAACCUGGGUUCGUAAGCAUGACAAGUCACAGUCCCAAUGUUAGCCUCCUCGCUGGCAUUUAUUCUCGUAAUGAAACCUCUGCAAGUAUAAUGGAAGAAGGUAGAUGACAAAUAGAAAUAAUAUAAGUGCGUGCAUACACAAGCUGGAUCGAUAUUGAAGUGCUGUUAGUAUGCUAAGCACACAAAAAUAUAUAUAAAGCAUAUUAGCACUUGCACUUUUGGGAGGUAUAAGGAAUGUGAUUUGUACAAGUAAUUACUGUAUGAUAGAUUUGUUCCUGAUGGAUGUUGCUUAACAAAUUUUCAAUAAUGAAAGAUGUGCUGACUUGUUAUAUAAUUU